AUGCAUCUGACGAAGAUCAACGGCCCCUCCUCCCCCUUCCCGCCAUCACUUGAGACGAUCACAUUUUCUACAGGGCCCGUGGAAUGGAAAUCCAGACACGCGCCGAUUGAGUUCAACAGAAAUGGGCAAACGGUGCAGAAGGCUGAUCUCAAGGAACCUGUAGGCGAUCCGAGUCCUCUGUCGUCUCCCUUGGGGCCCCUCUCCGAAUCUCCCGAGUCCGAGUCGUCCAGCUUUCAAAAGCUUUCCUUGCACGCUGAUCAACCCUUGAGAGGUUCGGUGGAUAGUCUUUCCUCGGGUUAUGACCCUCUUCCAAGAUCCCCAUUAUUCGAGAGUGAUCAUGGACUCGGUCUAUCUGGGCUGGACCGCAUUCGCCAGCAACCAUCGCGCGUUCUGACCCUUCCAAACCUGUCUUCCUCGUCCUUAGCUCCCAUGGCUACCACCUCAACCCGUCCCACUUCCUCAACUCGUUCGAGCUCUUCCUCUCGAGCACACACCGGCCACAUGUCCAUGAGCCAGGAUUUCGGCGAGCUGGAGGACCUUCACCGAUUUCCGUUGGAAUCAUUGCAUUCCUUUUCUUUCGCCCAGCAGUCCGAGGAACUGCUGCACAGUCGACAAAACAUUCUGAAAAGGUCGAUCGAUUUCAUGCGUGACCGCAUGGGAUGGGCGGCCAGCAACCCAGCCAUCGUGAAUGCACAAGCCAACAUGAGUGGUGAUGCCGACCUCCAGGGUAUGAUGGAUCUUUUGACUCGGGCUCACGUUCUGGACCAGGAAAACGCGGCAAACGCGCGAGGACCAACAACAGGGCCUGCGGAUGUGAACGGCGACAACAUCUUCGACAAGGCCUUUUCGGAUCGUGGGUCCCCCAUUAGCACCCGAGAUGCGCCCCAGGAACAAUUCCUCUCCCAAGGAUCCCAGGCAACUUCCGAAGGCUCCCAGCUAUUGAGUCCGGUGCCCAGUGAACGUAUCCCGCAAUCCCGCAAGGAUCUCUACUCAGCACCCUCAUCCCGGCGCGUAAGCUUAAAACCGCAACCCUACGCCUCCACAGAUCCCUUCGCCUCUUUGGCGUCCUCUACCACUGGAUUGGGCCUUUCGAUCCCUUCGGCCCUACAUACCCAUAGCAGCAAAUGGACCCCUGUCUCACAGGCCGUUUUCCGAACCGAAGCCAAGGCACCAUGGACCAUUCUUGCCGCCAACGAUCUCUCAUGUCUGAUCUUCGGGGUCGCCCAAUCUGAGGUCCGACGACUGAGUAUUCUAGAGGUUGUACAGCCAGAGCACAGACAGUGGCUCGAAGCGAAGCUUCGGGACCCUAGCACCGAUGCAGCCGCCCGCACACCACUGAAGCCAGAGCGACCCAAUAUUCGUGCGGUGAAUCCCAAGUUCCGAGGCCUGGGGAAUGGAGUGACGGCCAAGUUGCUCAGUAAACCUUCCUCCCGCGAGAAGUCUCGGAGAGCCCAGACCGAUGAUGGGUAUGGCUCCAGCACGAGGAACAAUCGCAACCCAAACCACCCAGCCAACAAGUCGCGCGGCGUUCUGCUAUGUGGUGAUGUCGUCCCUAUUCAAAAGCGGAAUGGUGCUAAAGGAUCCGCCAGCAUCUGGGUGAUGGAGAAGCGCGGUGGUCUGAUCUGGGUGUUGGAAGAGAUCACAGAGAAUAUUGCCUCUGUUCGCUGUGACGAUGCGUGGAAGCUGGUUGAGGCAAAGGGUGACCUCGACAAGAUCUGGGGUUCGCAGGUAGUUCGCACGGGUCAGCCCAUAACCGAACUUUUACCUUGUUUGCCGUCCGAAUCCCUCGAGACUUCUCCCGAGAAGGGACUAGACCGAAUUGUCGCGUUGAAGCAUUUUGCCGCUCGCACUGCUGCUGGGGUAUGCAUUCCAGUGACUAUUGGGAGGGGGGACGAAGGUCGAACCCUGCAGGUGUCGAGCUUCCCCCACGUUGCAGGCAUGAUGGUGCUAUCAUCCUCCACGUUGAACGUGAUUAGCUCAAACUCCGUGUUCUCUUCAGCCCUGUUCGGCCAAGAACGCCCCGAAGGCCGCCACAUCACGGAAUUGGUGCCAGGAUUUGACGAUCUUCUGGAUGUGUUAACCGAGGAGGACAAUGUGCCAUUGGUUGAUGGUAUUGUUAUUCCUGAACACAGUUUCCGCCGGGCGCGAACCUUGUCCAUUCUUCGGGAUGGCAAGGCAAAUGCCGCCUCUGUCUUUACUGAGCCCAGCGGCUUGUUGGCCAAACAUCGUGACGGCUCCACCAUUGUUGUCGAUGUUCAGUUGCGCGUGGUCAAGAGCGGCACGUUCUUCUCCAAGGAACAAGUGGAGAAGCUUGAGGAGCGCUCGAGCGACUCUGAGGAUAGUGACGAUACUAUCGCAGUGACCGAGCUUGUCUAUGCUUUGUGGAUCACAUACUCCCGACAAAUUCAUGCCGCUGGACCUGCAGCUAACCUGUCACCUUCUACACUCCCCACCUCGAUUCCUACCUCUCCCUCGUCGCAAGCAAUACCCGCCUCUGAAAAUCUCUCUGCGGCUGCCACCAGCAGGGAACCCCCCGAUGUCAGCAAGAGCUCCGUGGAGAUUCAGAAGCCAAGCUCCACCCUUAGCCAACAGCUGAGUGAAGCCGCCUCCGAGCCUCUGACCGAUCGGCCCGUGCAACCAGUUGCCGAAGUGAAUGCGGCUGUCGCCAAAAGGAAGUUCCCCAGAAACGCACGAUUAAUGACUACGUGA